AAGAAAAGUAUUGUGUCGAUAAAAGAGCAAGGCUAAAACAGUGAGCAUUGCAAAGAAGCGCGUGUGCAGCUAGGCAGGGUCAUGGCCAUUGCAAACGUCGUAAUUUCUAGUAAUAUGGUCGUCCAGUGUUCAACACCUACUCGGGGAUUGGUAGAAAGAAGAAUAGCCACAUUCAGACUAAAGCAUCUAAUAUGGGCAAACAAAAUUGGUUGUGCCAAAGGGAAAAAAUGCAGAGCUGCAGUUAUCUGUGCCUCUGCCACAGAAACUACAUCCAUUAACUCCACAAAUGCUAAGGACGCUGUCAAUUUGGGGCUUUCCCUUUUCAACCAAGGCCGGAUAAAAGAUGCAAUUAUUCAGUUUGAAAAAGCUCUUAGUCUAGACCCAAGUCCAGAUGAAGCAAGAGCAGCUCUAUACAACAAAGCUUGUUGCCAUGCCUCCAGAGAAGAAGGAGGAAAAACAGCAGAAGCUUUACGGAUGGCUUUACGGGAUUAUAACCUCAAUUUUAGUGUAAUUCUCAAUGAUCCAGACAUGGCUGCAUUUCGGGCUAUGCCUGAGUUUAGGGAACUUCAAAAUGAGGCUAGAUUGGGUGGUGAUGAUAUAGGAGGCAGUUUCAGAAGAGACUUGAAGCUUAUUAGUGAAGUGCAAGCCCCGUUUCGAGCUGUCCGAAAAUUUUUCUAUGCAGCCCUGUGUGUUGCUGCAGGAAUUUCAACCUUUUUCACUAUACCCAGGCUGUUUCGAUCUAUUCAGGGGGGUGAUGGUGCUCCAGAGCUUUGGGAAACUGUCGGGAACACCGCCAUUAAUAUUGGAGGUAUCAUCAUACUUGUAGCACUGAUCAUAUGGGAAAACAGGAAAGAAGAGGAGCAAAUUGCUCAAAUUUCUCGCAAUGAGACACUAUCUAGAUUACCUUUGCGUUUGUCAACUAAUCGUGUAAUUGAACUUGUACAGUUACGAGAUACAGCUCGGCCUGUAAUUCUGGCAGGAACAAAAGAUGCAGUGAAUAGAGCAGUUCAAAGAGCUGAGAAAUUUCGUAUUGAACUUAUUGAAAGGGGAGUUCUUAUAGUGCCCUUAGUGUGGAGAAAUGAAAGAGAAAACCCAAUCAGAAAGAAAGGCUUUGGGGGUCGACGAAAGCUCGCUACUGCAAACUCUUCAUCUGCUGGUGAAUUUGGCAAAAGAGCAAAAGAUAUUGUCACGAAGACGAUUGUAGAAGUUGAGAAAAGAUUCAAGGCAGAGAUUGUUUCUCCAAGUGCAUGGGAAAGUUGGAUUCGUGAGCAACAAGAGUCUGAAGGAGUAACACCAGGAGAAGAUGUGUACAUAAUCUUACGCUUGGAUGGUCGUGUUCGAAAAUCUGGUCAGGGUAUGCCGGAUUGGGGGGAGAUGAUUAAGGAAUUGCCUCCACUGGACUCCUUCAUCAGCAAAUUAGAAAAGUGAUUAAGUUAUGCAACAUAAUUUUUUAAUACCUUGGACAAGAUGUAUAAAUGACAAUUACGUUCAGUUAUAAUUUUGUUGUAUUUUCAACUUGCUUUUCUUGUUGAAUUGAUAAAAAUAAUAAAAGUAGUUCAAAUUUCUAGUA